CGAUCAUUUUUUGUAUAUUUUUUGCUUUUUUACAGCAAGAAGAUUUCAUGGAAUACUAUUUUAUGUAGAGAUUAGUUGCUUCCAAUAAGUUCAGAGAAGACUAAGCAAAACACCAUCUGAUAAUGAAAUAUGGAAGAACUUCGAAAUUCUACGGUUUGAAAAGGAUGGUAUCGGCUACCACCACUGAUAAUGAAAGAAGCAUUGAUCAGAAAAAAAUAUGUACGGCAUUUUCAUUUUGAACGCAUAAAAACCAAAAUGUUUCAGAGCUAUCUAUCCACUUUCAACUCCAACAUAGGAAUCCAAGUUGUUGCUCUUAAAACAAAACCAUCAUACGCAAAUGGCAUUGGGGAUAGUGUGGGAACACGGCUAAACAAAUCCAUUAAAGUUUUAGGAAUACAACCAGAUUAUGCUUGUCUCUUACAGAGAUGUCUCAUCAAAAAAUCCAUGUCAGAAGCCAAACUAGUCCAUGCACACAUGAUUUCUAAUGGAAUUAGUCCACAUAUUUCGUGGAGCAACAAGCUUAUGUCUAUCUAUGCCAAGUUUGGCAGUCUGGUAGAUGCACGCCAAGUGUUUGAUAAAAUGUCGGAACGAAGUGACGUUUCAUGGACUAUAAUGAUUGCAGCCUAUGCCAGGUAUGGGUUUUGUGAGGAUGCUCUGAAACUCUAUUACGAAAUGCAGAGGGUAGGCUUUCAAUUGAACGAGUUUACAUUUGCCUCUGUUCUGCCCGUGUUUGCAAAUUUGGGAGAUCUCCAGCAGGGAAAGGAUGCCCACGAGGAAAUAAUAAGAAGUGGACUUGAGUUAAAUAUUUUUGUUGGGAGUGCUCUUGUAGAUAUGUAUGUUAAAUGCAGGAGUUUGCGUGAUGCUCGCGAUGUAUUUGAUAAAAUGCCUGUACGAAAUGUGGUUUCUUGGACUGCAAUUAUUGCGGGAUAUGUGCAGAUUGAACGUUUUGAUGAAGCCUUACGCCUUUUUCAUCAAAUGCAAUCUUCCGGGAUAUGUUUAGACCCUGGUGUUUUUGCUGUUGUUCUCCCAGCAUGUGCGAAUUUGGCGGCUUUGCAACCAGGUAGGAUGCUUCAUGAGUACAUAAUCAGAAAUGGAUUUCAAUUUGAUGUCUUUGUGGGGAGUGCUCUUGUAGACAUGUAUGCUAAAUGUGGAACGAUAGAGGAUGCAUGGAAAGUGUUUGAGAAAAUGUCUAGGCAGGACGUUGUGUCUUGGACUGCAAUGAUUGUAGGGUAUGCUAUGCAUGGUUAUAGUAAGGAGGCACUACGACUCUUUGAACAAAUGGAAAUAUUAGGCAUGAAGCCAAACCAUGUAACAUUUGUUGGUGUGUUGUCUGCAUGCUGCCAUUCAGGUCUAGUGGAUGUUGGCUCUCAUUACUUUUAUAACAUGAGUCUAAAAUAUAAUCUUGUCCCCAGAGUGGAUCACUAUUGCUGCAUGGUGGACCUUCUUGGCCGUGCCGGGUACUUGGAUGAGGCAGAAGACUUAAUCAACAAAAUGCCCAUGAAACCUGUAGCUGUUUGGAGGUCCUUGCUCAGCGCUUGUAGGUUACAUGGCAAUAUAAAGCUAGGAGAACGGGCGGCAGAACAACUGAUUAAUUUGGAAUCCGAGAAUGCUGCAAACUAUGUUCUUCUGUCAAACAUUUAUGCUGCCACAGGGAAGUGGGAUGGCAUACGAAAGGUGAGAAAGAUGGUGAAAGACAAUAAGGUAAAAAAGAAUCCCGGGUGCAGCUGGAUUGAGUUGAAUAACAAGGUGCAUGCUUUCCUUGUUGAUGUCAAAUCACCCCCACAAAUGCAGAGGAAAUCUGUUCCAAGUUAGAAAGGCUGUCCAGACAGGUGAAGAAAGCUGGUUAUGUGUACAACAUAAAUGUUGUAGUGGAUGAUGCAGGGAAGUAGAAGGAACAUAUUCUCUGCUAUACCAUCGACAAGUUGGCUAUUGACUUAACACUUAAAUACCUCCAGGUAUGGCAUUUCCAACUGUCAAGAAUUUUGAAUAUGAAGUUACUGUCUCGCUGUUACCUCUGAGAUUGGUAAACAUGGAAUCCUUGAAAGGGAGUGCCAAGAGUUUCAUUGCAUCAACAAUGGCUUCUCUUCUUUUCUUGGGCAGAUUGUUGGCGAAUCCUAGAGAAAACAACAGUAAACAUAAACCUGUGUAGUGACAAGCUUUCUACAAAUCCACGCUUGAGCUGGCUGCCUCCUAGGUAUGGCCUCUUGCCAUUUCUGAUUACUUACAAAGUAGUGAUACUCAGCGGCCAUACCAUUAGUUCUUUAUUUGUUAUGUAUGUACAAGAUCCAUCACUCUCAUAUUUGUUACAAGCAUCUCCGAAUUGUCUAUACAGGUUCAGAAUACACCUCUGAUCGUACUUAUCGAUUAAUUGAAAAUGAAACUUGAAUUUGGGAUAAUUUUUGAACUAAAAACUUGCCGAUUGGAGUAGAAAACAGUCUGCGGCAAAAAGUUAAAAACUCUUUAUUUUCCACUCUCACUCUUCUAGCUCUCACUCCUAAGCAUUAAUAGCAUUCCUCUCAAUUUAAGGUGAUUCGAACAGAAAUUUAGUGAUUUUGAGUUGAAUGGACAAGAUUUAUGGCAACGUUUGAGAGGAUGUAGUAGUAGAGUGUGGUACAUCAUUGACCAUUCCUAUCACAACUUGUGCACUUGCAUCUUCAUCGGGUGUUGAUAGCAUACUAGGUUUCAUAGGUCCAUGAUGCUACCAUUACGACCAUUUCAUUUGGCCUAGAAAGAUGUACGAUAUCCUUUUUUUCAUAUAUGUGAACUUAAACUUUUUAUUGAAUAUGCAUAUCAUUUGAAGUGUGAUUAUUGAAAUAUUUUAAUAUUAUAUGUUGAUCUUAUCUUACUCUUGUAGCGUAUGCCAAGCGUGACUAAGGCAAAACCUAUGCCAAUUUCUUCUUUGAGAUAAGUUGAUGGAUGAAAGGCAAUUGAGCACCGUUUUAACUGAUAUAAUAGUUUAAGGAGCUUAUAUG